AAUGAAACCAAAAAUUCACUUCAACCAUUCUCAGACACCGUACCAUCUAAAUCUAUCCACGCACACCAAUCUCCUCUAAUCUCUAUGUUCUCUUUUCUUCUUUUGCUUUCUGCAAUGGAAGACGAGCCUUUUCUCACAACAACAACACUCGCUUCCCAACGGGCCGAUUUCCACUUGCAAUCUUCCAAGUCCUUCGACGACGUCACGGCGCCACGCGCCGCCCGUAACGCCGAGAUUCAAGAACACCUCUCCCAACCCUCUCCCUUUCACUCCAAGAAGAAAAAGCUCAGUCGUUGCAAGACAGCACCCGCCCUGGUUAGCAUGCGAGACCUCAAACCUAAGAUGCCCGAAGUCCCCAAGCCUCAGUCCAGUUCCAUAAUCCGCCAAGGCAUGUGCUUACUCGCCAUGUACCUCUGUGUGGGAGUCGCCAUUUACUCUUUCAACAGGGACAAUUUCUCCGGCAUCGAGACCCACCCCUUGGUCGAUGCCCUUUACUUUUGUAUAGUUACCAUGUGUACCAUAGGUUACGGAGACAUCGCUCCCUUGACCCCGCUUACAAAGGUUUUCGCUUGUGUCUUUGUUCUGGUGGGGUUCGGCUUUAUAGACAUACUCCUCAGUGGCCUUGUCAACUUUGUUUUGGAUGUGCAAGAGAACAUGAUCCUCACGGGGCUCCAAAUGGGUGCAACUGGGAGGGAGGGCUUUUCUGCCCGGAACUACAUCGUUGAUGUGGUGAAGGGGAGGAUGAGGAUCAGGUUGAAGGUUGGUUUGGCGCUUGGGGUUGUUGUGCUUUGUAUUGGGAUUGGGUGUUUGGUUUUGUACUUUGUGGAGGGCUUGGAUUUGGUUGAUUCUAUUUACUUGUCAGUCAUGUCUGUCACAACGGUUGGGUAUGGGGACAGGGCGUUUAAGACACUUCCCGGUCGGUUAUUUGCUGCUAUUUGGUUGCUCUUUUCAACUUUGAUGGUUGCACGGGCUUUCCUCUAUUUGGCAGAGGCCAGAAUUAAUAGAAGGCAUCGCAGAAUGGCCAACAAGGUGUUGCAGAGAGAAAUUACUGUUGAGGAUUUGCUUGCUGCUGAUAUCAACCACACCGGUUUCAUCAGCAAGUCUGAGUAUGUAAUCUUCAAGCUGAAAGAGAUGGGUAAAAUACAGGAAAAAGAUGUGUUGCAAAUUUGUGACCAAUUCAGGAAGCUUGACCCUUCUGACUGUGGGAAGAUAACACUGCCUCAUCUCUUAGGGGGCACUUUAUGACAGAGUAAAGGCAAAUCAGCUGGUGUAGGAAUGCAUAAUUGUUCCAGUACAGAACCUUGCAAAGGGUAAAGCACCAUUUUUGAACAAGGAAGAACAGGGGUAGACCAUCCACGCUGAAAAAGUUCAAUGUCGAUAAAGCCUUUUUCCUUAUGGGUGAUAGUGAUUGGAUUAUUUGGAGCACUAGAAAUUACAUCGAUCAUAGAGUUGGAUGCAGUGCCUGGAUCAAUUCUGUGUCCUAAAAUCACACGUCUCUAACAUGAAAUUAAAAUCAAUUAUGAAAGAAUUGAAUUUUGUCCUAAACAAGUAUGUAAAUCAUAAGAAAAAAAGAAAGAAAGGAGUCAGCCAUUGUAAAGUCAUUCAACCUGUUACAGGUAUGAAAAUGCAGAUAGGAAAGGCCAAAAAUGCAUUAUCACAAGUGUUACUUGUUUUGUAAUAUAAAAGUAUCCAUUUGGAUAUCUAGAUGAAAAAACACUACUAAAAAGUACUUGUAAAAAUGUCAUGGUAUACUAAAGUUCUCUUCUUUUAAA